UCCUGGAGACCUCCAAGGGCACUAUCUACGCAUUGCGCCGCAAUAAAAUGACUGUAUGCGCUCAUGCAGGACCGAAUGCAUGUGAGCAACGACAUCCACACUAUGUGAUUUUCGCCUUCUAUGUAAGCUCUUCACGAGUACUCGUCUCCCCGACACCCAGGCGGCUCAUACACAGAUGUUUUUUGAUAAUAAACACUAUCAGCAUCUCGUGUUCAUUCCCAAAGUGGAAAGUCAGCUCACCCGCAGACGGCGAUUUCUGAUUUAUCACACCGAAGGAUGAUCGACCGCAGAAAUCCUUCACCUACCAUCUUUGGGCGCGGCGCAGUCUGUAAACCACGGAUGGUCGGAGCAUGAUAUCGUUACUCUGGGCUUUUGGGCUCUCCGACCGAUUUUUGCUGACGAUGAAUCAGCGUGAAUCCUAGUUAGAAGCCCUAAGCUACAGUGUGACAUUUGAUACUGGGCUUACCGGCAAGUUUAGUGAUCCAGAAUGGGCAGCUCACAAAGAGGUGUGAUGAAAACUCUCGCCGCAAUGGAGCAGUGAGAGGUGUAUAUUCAAGUAGCAUGUACUAUAGAAACGAUAGCAUGAGAAAAAGUAUAAAGAGGGUCUCAAAAUCCCCCCCAAUAUCAAUAUCACAUCAGUUCCAUCAGCUUCUUUCAUCAUUCAAGAGUUUAAAUCACGAACUCCAGUUUCUAUCAAAACAUAUCAAUAACCAUGCAAUACUCGACCAUCUUCCUCGCUGUUGCGAGCCUUGUUCCCUCCACUUUCGCUUCCCCGAUUGCCGCACCCGCAGUCGUUCAUCCCGCCAACAACAACACCUUCAGUGCUGCGGCUGCUCCCAGGUUCAUCUCUGGACCUUGCGGAAAUUUCCCCAAAAUCAGCACUUGGCUUUCCUUCGAGGACAUGUUCAACAGGAACAAGAACUCCAUGUUCUCCACUGGAGACACCGGUGAAGAUGUUGGCAGGAUCUGGAAUGCCGUGAUUGAAGCUGCUAAGAUCGGCGUGGACGAGCGCGUGAUCUUCGGUAUCAUCAUGCAGGAGAGCCACGGAAAUGUCGGUGUCGAGACCACCAUCAGCCCUGAUGGCGUUCCAACAGCGGGUUUGAUGCAGUGCUCUGGCUGCCAAGGUUUCCCAGGACAGCACGGUCUGAGCCAGGAUCAAAUCACUGCUAUGGUUCGUGGUGGAACCCAGCACUUCAAGGCCAACCUCCAGAACUGGGGAAAUGCUCUUAGCGAGUGCUCUAUCUACCCUGCUCUUCGAGAGUACAACUCGGGAUCCGUUAACCCCAACGAUCUUAGCGACGGUCGCGGCGCUACUGCUUCCUAUGUCAGCGACAUUUCUCAGCGUCUCACUGGCUGGGUUGACUAAGAGGUGAAAUUCAUUGGAAAAUAACUGUGGGAGAUAAUGGACGUGGGUGAUAUUUAGAUUUCUCACUUUUGCAAUUUGAUGAGUUGCACUACACAUUCCUUGGGUAAUUUUCCUUGGCUGUC